AUGGUGGGUUCAGAGAAAUAUGGUGACCAGCAAGUUCGCCCUAAAGGUCCGAGGAAGCAACGAAAGGAACGCACCGUGUAUUCCACAGAACAGAAGCUCAUCCUCCAACAGCAUUUUGCUCAGGAGAGGAACCCAGGACAGGAGCAACGUGUGAAGCUGGCACUACUGAUUGGUGUGACCGAGUAUGAGAUAAAGAUAUGGUUCAAGAACCAACGUGCAAGGUGCAAACAGAAGAAACUCAGGAAUGAUAAAGAAGCAGUCCCAGAAUCAACUGGAAUCUCUCAAGAUGUUUCUGGGCCAACCCACUCCCAUGGUCACUUACGGGUCUCUGCCAAUGUGAGGUCCAUGUCUCCAUGCACAUCUCCUGUGGGCUCCAUUCCCAAACCCAAACCCAGCAUGGAAGCUUCUCUCCAUAAUGAUCAGGCUGUUGAAGCUGCCGGGUGUAGUUCCCAAAAGGACCUGUUUGAUGGUCAAGCCCCUUCUGCACCUCCCAAUCCUGGUAAACCCACAUUAUUUGAAGUCCAGACUGACCCAACAGUGUCUCAUGGUCCAGCCUCAUUGGAAGCUUCAGUUUCCACCACAGCUGCAGCCAGAAGCCCAUAUGAUAUUCAGUACUUAAAUCCAUCUUCUGAGCAGCUCUGGAAAAUGACACAUGAGGAUCUGCGCCAACGGGAGGGCUCAUAG